ACUGCAAAACACAACACACAAAUACUCCAAUUACAAUCCCCAUCUUCUCACUUGCCUGUUGCCUCAACUCUCUAUUCAUUCGUUCAUAUUCAUAAUUCAUCAACACAAGAACUACUCUUUCCUAAUCCAAUGAACACCCAAACAUCAUCAACGCUCACGUGCAUGCCACGUGUCUCAUGAGAUUGCUCACCUUCUUCAUUUUCGUCUCCAUCUUCAUCUUCCCAACAAAGCCACCACACUCUCUCUCUCUCUCUCUCUCUCUCUCUCUCACUCUCUCUCCCUCGGAACAUAGAAUUCCUCAAAAUCUUCGACGCUCUUCCCAACUUUGUAAACUUCAAAAUUUUAGCGGAAGCUGAACGGAACCCAGAAAAUUUUCCCCGCAAUGUCAUGACCAAUUCUUCACUAAGCGAGCUUCUCUAACCGUUUUCCAACAAUGGGGGUUUGCACUUCAAAGCCUCACAAACCCAACCCUUACGCUUCUCGGGAACCUGAAGCUGAACCUUACGAUCCCUCACAGCAAAUCCCCAAAACCCCUCUCACUCCCUCCGGUGACCGGAAAGAUGACGUCAUCGCCGGUAAACAGUCGCCGUUCUUCCCCUUCUACAGCCCAAGCCCUGCACGCUUCCUCAAGAAGUCUCCGGCGACCGGAGGAGGUAACAAGAGUGCCAGCUCGACGCCGAGGAGGUUUUUCAGGCGACCGUUCCCGCCUCCGUCGCCGGCGAAGCACAUAAGGGCUGUGUUGGCUAGACGGCAGGGAAAGAAAGCGGCAACGGCAAUACCGGAGGAAGGAGAGGAGGACGGCGGAGGAGGUGCCGCCGAUUUGGAUAAGAGAUUCGGAUUCUCGAAGGAGUUCACUAGUAGGCUUGAGGUUGGGGAAGAAGUGGGUCGAGGGCAUUUUGGGUAUACUUGUUCUGCUAGGUACAAGAAGGGUGAGCUUAAGGGUCAGCAAGUUGCUGUUAAAGUCAUCCCAAAAGCUAAGAUGACAACAGCAAUUGCAAUUGAAGAUGUGAGAAGGGAGGUUAAAAUAUUGCGAGCUUUGAACGGACACAAGAAUCUGGUACAAUACUAUGAUGCAUUUGAAGAUCAAGAUAAUGUCUACAUUGUGAUGGAGUUAUGCGAAGGUGGCGAGCUUUUGGAUAGGAUACUAUCAAAAGGAGGGAAAUACUCAGAAGAUGAUGCGAAGGCUGUGAUGGUACAAAUACUAAAUGUUGUCGCAUUUUGUCAUCUUCAGGGUGUGGUGCAUCGAGAUCUUAAGCCAGAGAAUUUUCUGUAUACGUCGAAGGAUGAAAGUUCAGAGUCAGAAUUAAAAGCAAUUGACUUUGGGUUAUCUGACUUUGUCCGACCAGAUGAAAGGCUUAAUGACAUUGUUGGAAGUGCAUACUAUGUGGCCCCAGAAGUUCUCCAUAGAUCGUACAGCACUGAGGCUGAUGUUUGGAGCAUAGGCGUGAUCGCAUAUAUUCUUUUGUGUGGUAGUCGCCCAUUUUGGGCCCGAACGGAGUCUGGUAUCUUUAGGGCAGUUUUGAAAGCUGAUCCCAGCUUCGAUGAGGCUCCUUGGCCUUCUUUAUCUACAGAAGCAAAAGAUUUUGUCAAACGCCUACUGAAUAAGGAUCCACGGAAACGAAUAUCUGCUUCUCAAGCUCUAAGUCACCCUUGGAUAAGGAAUUACAAUAAUGUAAAAGUCCCACUUGAUCUUUUAAUAUUUAAGCUCAUGAAAAUCUAUAUGCGAUCAUCAUCCUUGCGUAAGGCUGCUUUAAGGGCCUUGUCCAAGACAUUAACUGCUGAUGAACUCUAUUAUCUAAGGGAGCAAUUUGCAUUGUUAGAACCAAGCAAAAAUGGGAGCAUAUCCUUAGAAAACAUUAGCAAGGCCUUGAUGAAUCAUGCAACGGAUGCCAUGAAAGAGUCUCGCAUCCCUGACUUUCUUGCCUCGCUAAAUCCAUUACAAUAUAGAAGAAUGGAUUUUGAAGAAUUCUGUGCUGCUGCAUUAAGCGUACAUCAGCUCGAAGCUCUUGAUCGCUGGGAACAACAUGCCCGAUGUGCUUACGAGCUCUUUGAGAAAGAUGGAAACAGGGCUAUCGUCAUUGAAGAACUUGCAUCGGAACUUGGGCUCGGUCCUUCUAUCCCUGUUCAUGUGGUUCUUCAUGACUGGAUACGGCACACCGAUGGAAAGCUAAGCUUUCUUGGGUUUGUCAAAUUAUUGCAUGGUGUGUCUAGUAGAAGUCUUGCAAAGGUUCAGUAAAAAUGAUUGAAAGCAAAGAAUUUGCAAUUCUUGGGAUGGCUCAAUCAAUCAAAUCAUAUUUGAAUCUGUAGCACAUGCUCUUGCAAGCACAGCCCCAUUACAGUCAAUGAUUCUUUUGAAGGUGCUGAAAUUGUAAAAUAGUUUACCAGAUCAAUGGGUUAAGAUAUGCAUUGUAGAGUUUAAAUUAGCUUUGCUUCAGUGAGUGGUAAUAAUUACCUUUGCUAGUUUUAUAAUUCCUACUCUUAUUCGUAUGAGCUAAGAAUUAGUGGGAUCAGAGUCCUAUAAAAAGGCAGCCCGGUACACAGAUCCGGUGGUAAAUGUAGAUAUCAGAUCCGGCGGUAAAUGUAGAUAUCUUAACCUGAUAAUUACAUAUCAGUGACAGCGAUUGCUUUUACGGUUUGAAUAUAUGACUAAAUUACAUGGAGAUCA